AUGAGACUCGCCCUGUUCUGGCUCGCAGUCUCUUCGCGAGCGCGCUACGACCCUGGCAAGCCCCAAGAGCAUGAUGGUCGCGUGCCAAGCCGCCGCCCGUCGGACCGAGAGGUGGCCGACUCUGGCGUUCGGCGUGAGGAGGCGGAGCGAAUGCCUUGGUUCCCGUCGCACUCGACAGUCUGCGACGGUCGACCUUGCGCGCCAGGAGAGGGCAACCUGCAGCACGUGCGGGAGGACACGCCACGCGGCUGGCGCUACAAGCAGUGGACGCAGCCAUAUAUCCACCGCGAGGCGUGGGUGCAAGCGCGGUCGCGCGAUGUGCCGCACUCGCCCGACGAAGUGGCGGUGUACGGAGACGCGGUCGCCCUCGCGAAGAGGACGGCACUCGACGGGCGUGUCGUCGUCACCAGCGGUGACUGGGACUACCGCGAGCUUGUGCUCAACUUUGUGCUGCACGCACACAAGCUGGCGUACCACAACACUCUGGUCCUCUCGAUGGAGGCCGAGCUGCACUCUGACCUCACCGCGCGCGCCAUCCCCUCGGCCGACCUGUCUCGCUCUCUGGCCGCGUGGAACGAGACGCCUGCCUUCCCUGACCUCACCUGA